GACUACCGGACACUCCGCCUUUCUGCCCCCGGUGACAAAGCUUCCUCUGCCGAAUUCCAGGGUCAGACACUCACCGGUAGCUGCACGCUGAGCUCCGGACCUCGAUGAACUCUCCGUCCGGAGUCUGGAGGAGCGGUUUUUUUUUCUUAAUUAAAGGAAGACAAAGAGAAGACAAGCCCGACGUGAAAGUUGAGACUCGUGUUCUUCUUCGGGUAUUUACGACUUUCUUUUUUUGGGGGGAGAACUCAACAGUUGCCAUUUUUGUGUGUGUGAAGCAGCUGUGGACCGCUGCGGUUCAGACUCGAGUCAGACUCGUCAGCACAAAACUUUGUGAGUCACCAACAAUUUCGACACAUUUAAAGGAGGAUUAAUGACUUCUCGCUCUGUCUAUAAGUACGUGUUCCGCUUCGGCUUGACUCACCGGCAGACACACACACACACACACACACACACACACACACACACACACACACACACACACACAGACCCAGACAGCCGCCUGCCUUGCCUGCCUCUGUGUCUGCCGGGCCCCGCGGCUGGAGCAGCUGAACCGGGCCGCCGCUGCAGUGUCCCGGCCCCUGUCAGGUGAAAAGGCGUGGCGCUGGGCGGAGGUGCUUUGUUGGAACAUCACCUGUGUGUGUGUGUGUGUAACCUGAUACCUGGGCCGAGCUGCAGUCGGUGCUCGGGGACUUUUUGUAGCGGUUUUAUUUUCCUCACAUGAAAACAUUUCCCUACAGAAGGAGUCUGUUUACCGCCUCACGGACGCACCAUGGACCGUAAUGGCAGACCGCAGCUCUUGGAGGGUUGACCGCUCGGACGGACGACUGGAAACUGGGUCAGAGUGGUUUCUGUUCUUAACUAUUUGUUGACCGGGGAGAGGAGGGGGGAUAAAUCGAGGUCAUGGCGCUGUCUCAGGUCCAGUGUCUGGACGAUCACCACGUCAACUGGCGCGUCAGUGAGAGCAAGCCGGAGUUCUUCUACAGUGAGGACCAGAGGCUGGCGGUGGAGGCGCUCAUCUCCAAGGGCCGCGAUGCGUUCAUGGACCACAUCCGCAAGGCGGGCGUCCGGGAGUUCCUGUCGGAACAGGAGCUGGAGCGGAUUGCCCAGAAAGCGGAAGCCUACCGGCCUGGGCACGACCAUCACCAGAAGCCAGAGACGCCGGGCCCGGGGACGCCAGGCCCGGGGAACACCACCCCAGUCUCCCUGGGGUACGCGGAGGACGGAGGGGACGGUAAUGUGUCGCUGCAGUACUGGCCGGACCGGUCCGAGGGAUCAGUGGCGGAGCUGGAUCUCGGCUGGCCCGAGGCCGUGUCAUACCGAGGGGUCACGCGUGUGACCGUGCACACGCAACCUCCAGUGGACGGGCACACACACAUCAAGGAGGUGGUGCGGAAGAGCAUUGCAUCAGCCCAGAAGGUGAUAGCCGUGGUGAUGGACGUAUUUACAGAUGUUGAUAUUUUUCGAGACCUGCUGGAUGCGAGCUACAGACGCAAAAUUCCUGUGUAUAUAAUGAUCGACAUGGCUGCAGUCCCCUGCUUCCUCUCCAUGUGUGGCCGAGCUGAUAUGCACCGCGGACACCUAAAGAAUCUGCGUGUGCGCUGCUGUGGAGGUGUGGAGUUCUUCACGCGGUCGGCACAGAAAGUUCGUGGAUCGCUGAGCCAGAAGUUCCUCCUGGUAGAUGGAGACAGAGCCAUCUCUGGGUCAUACAGCUUCACCUGGUCCUCAUCUCGUCUGGACCGUAACCUCAUCACUGUGAUCACAGGACAGGCCGUGGAGACCUUCGACCUGCAGUUUCGUGAACUUUACCUCCUGUCCAGAAGUGUGUCUCUCAGCAAGGUUCCCUUCGUCGAUGAGCCAAUCCCUGAGCCGGUCCUUCACUCGGCUCCUGCUCCGGUGUCAGCUACUGUUGCUAGGAAGCUCAUUAAUCCCAAAUAUGCCCUUGUCGCCACAGGAACCCACACAAGUCCCACCUCUUCUGACCAAAAUUCCAGCAACAAGAACUCCCAGACGCCGACUGGGCUCAAAAUAAUAAAAGGACGCCCAAGGCGUGUUCAUGAAGAGCCACCCAUACAUCCGGCUUUAGUAAACAUGGAGAAAGCUUACCUGAUUCCGUACCUUCCCACCUGGCCAGAGCCAGACCCACCAAGCGACGUGAUUGGCUUUAUCAACAUCAGGGAUGAUAAGCGAGCCCAUCAGGUUCAUUUACAGAGGUCAGAGAGGUUCGAGCACAGCCAGGCUAUACGUUUCAGCUCCCCACUGAUGCAACCAGCUUCGAUUGAGGAACCUGCUACAGGUCAGGAUGCAAAGACUGCGGGAGCCGAAGGAAAUCCUGCUGGGAAGACAAGUACAGAUGCUUCUACUCCUGUGAACCCAACCAAAAAACAGCAAACACAAUCAGCGCCGAAUAAAGACCAAACUGAUGUAACAGAUUCCAGCGGGCCCCCUCAGCAGCCACACAAACCUUUAACACAAGAAACACAUAAAGCGAAUGCACACAAUCCUACAUCACAAUCCAAAGUUCCUGCUGAUUCACAGCCAACAGAUGGUUCUAAACAAACUCCAGAGGCUCCACAAACUGCAGCACCUCCUGUUCCUAAACGCCGCACACUGCACUUAAUCAUAGACCCCACCUUGUCAGAGCAGCCUGACCAACCACAGGUCACUCUGAUGAAAAUGGAUCAAUUAGAAAGUCUAGAUGAGUUUAGCGAAAAGAGAACCCGGGAGGAGCUGACGACAGGCCAUGGCCGCCUGUUAAAGGAUGAUACCAGGGACUCGGGCAGCAACGAUGAUGGGAGCCAAGACAGCACCAAGGUCAUAUGUGACCGAGGAGCCAAUGAUGUUCCUUCAAGCGCCUCCACAGCGUCAGAAGAGGAGUUUUACGAUUGUUCCCAGCAAGAGCCAAGAGACCCGCUGACCAACGGUGUGACAACAGGGUCAGGUCGCGGGCAUCGACAAGGAGACGGGUUCAACAUGAUGGCUCGUCUGUCCCAGAGCAUGCUGGAUCUGCGAGAGCCCACCCAGUCACAGGACAGCAAGGAGCUCAUCCGCCAAUCACAGAACCUCCGCCGACAAGCAAACCCCUCUCCACACAGGCACAUAGGACAGUUGUUCCAGAGUUCGAGAUCUCCAGGUCGUGAUCCACGACUGAGAGGAGGAGCUAAAGUAGUCAUUGCAAAACCAGGAAGUUUUCACCGCCCCACCCAAGCAGCUGGCCCUGUGAUUGGAGGACACCGUUACUGGCAGGGUCGGACGCUGCAGCCCGAUUCGGCUCAGGUGCGGUCUGGUCGGUCGCCACGACGCCACAGCCCGAGUUACAGGAAGGUGGAUCACUCUGCACCCCAGCUGCCAGGCAACCAGUCAGGGUUGUUAGGAGUAUCUUUCUCAAAACUGAGCAAUUUAAGACACUUGAAGGCCCGAGGCGGAGCGUCGCAGAAGAAAACACCUCAAAAUAACAAGCCUGCCAGGUAGAACUGUGGGGCAGUACAGGUACAUGAGGAUGUUUGAUAGACGCUUCUUGAAAACAAAUGGGUGAGUCUUCAGUGUGGAAUCUUCCUAUAUCUCUGGUAUGCAUGUCAUUUCCUGUUUUCAAACCCUGAGGCUCAACAUAAGGAACUAUGUAAUUGUGGCUUUUGACUACGUCAACAAGAGUUGGCGAUAUAUUUGAUGAAAUGCUUGUCUGUAAAUGAAUUACAUCCCCUUCCAGUCCAAUACUUCCUGAUUAGAAGGCCUGUGAUUUGAUGGUUUCUGUUGUGUCAGCUAGGGUGACCAGAUGUCCUGAAAAAUUCGGGACAGUCUCAAAUUGUAGGAACUUGUCCCAAAUCCUGAGUCCUGUAUUAAUCAUCCCGAAAAUGAGACUAAAGCCGAGUUUUGAUUAGUUAUAACCUAAUAAAACCUUAAAUAUUGAUUGUUGUGAAACACUUGUGUCACCCUGCAGUCAGUUCUGCAUUAGCUGUAGCAGUUUAAGAUGAAUUAUGGCUGUGGCUAUUCUUCUUUUAGCUGUGUACAGUAGUCUCACAAAUUAAUAAAUAGCAGCUGCAAGGGCAAUGUUAUAAUGUUGCUAAAUAAAUAAAAUACAUAUAUGUAAGGAAAUUAAAACAUCCAUGGUUAUGGACAAUGAUUCACACACAGUUUUUUCAUAAUUGUCUUUUUCAUAAUGACAGUUAUUUUAUCAUUUGCCACUCUGACCAGCAUGCCCCCCAAAAUUGUCCUGAAUUUCACCCAUUCUCAUCUGGUCACCCUACACCUGGCUGAUGUCUUGGAUGAAAUAAGCUCUGAUAACAUAUAUCAGCUGAUAUUUGUAUCCAUGCAAACAUGUAUAACACACACAUGAACCCCUCCAAUUUGUUUAUCAAAGAGUUGUAAUGAGAUUUCUAGCAGAAGCAGGGUAUUUUGUUAAUUUUCUUACAGAAAUGGAUGUACCAAAUUUGGUCAGCUGUUCAGUCAGCUUACACUUCAGUAUUGUGAACAAUCUUUUGUGCAAAUUACCUCAACUGCUUUUCUUUUUUCUGAACUUUGGACUGCAUUGUUUUUCUAUAUCUAACCUACAUAGAUAUCUGUGACAUGUAAAAUCAGCUGAUGUCUCCCCAGUGAUCUAAGAGUCAGGGUUUGCAUUGAUACCACUGUGAUUGGUUACUGAUGGUGUGAGGGUAGGGCUGCUAUGUUGAUUGCUUUUGGUACUGGAUGUACAGGAUUUACUGGAUUACCUGUGCUGAUGUACAUGAACUGCUUUACAUACGAUUUAAAAUACUGAUGUGGGACCAAAAGUGAAUGUUGUAAAUAAAAAGAAAGAUUGUUGGAAGUAAUCUA